CUCUAAAUAACGUUAGCUGUGUGCGUGCGACACAAAUAACAAAACGUCAGCUUGUGACACUUCACGGUGUGGAGAUCAUCUGUGGCAAUUACGACAUUUUAACUCGUAUAAAGAAAAUGCCAGAGCCUACCGAUAUGAACAGUCCUGAGGUGGCCAAGACGCCGCUAGGAGGUAGCACCACAGGGAAGAAUGAAGGGGUUGUCAAUGGCCACAAGGAAGGCGAGGCCAACCCCUUUGCUGAAUAUAUGUGGAUGGAGAACGAAGAGGAAUAUAAUCGCCAGGUGGAGGAGGAACUGCUGGAGCAGGAGUUCAUUGAGCGCUGUUUCCAAGAGAUGCUGGAGGAAGAGGACCAGGAUUGGUUCAUCCCAGCACGGGACCUCCCAUCAGGGAUUGGCCAGCUGCAGCAGCAACUUAAUGGCCUGUCGGUCAAUGAUCGGAAUGCAGAAGACAUCGCACGGAAGAGCAGUUUGAACCCCGAGGCGAAGGAGUUUGUCCCAGGCAUGAAAUACUAGGGGCUCGUCCCUUGACCCCAUAGAGACUCAGAGGAUUCUGGCGGCCACACUUUCAUACAUUUCAUACAUCCACUCACCAAGUGGGGUGGGUUUUGAUUGUUAUACCGCUGGUAUUUUUUCCGUCUUUAUUUUUCUUAAGGGGAACAGGCGCCAUGGACACUCUCCUGGAAGUUUUUUUUUUAUUUUAUUUUUAUUUUUCCUUGUCAGAAAUCAGUAUAACUUUCCCAAUGGAUUUGUGCAAGAAGUGAAUAGCUAUCCAGGCAGUUAUGUGUGGUAUUUUCUUGAUCACUGAGAAGCAAUUAUGUGGUAUCCACCAUUAUGAUCGUGUUAUAGAAAGUUAUUCCAGCUCAGUGUUUAUAUUUCCUGUUUUCCUCCUAUUUAAGAGAGUCAUACUUGAUGAGAUUAUUCAGGUGAAUGGGAGGUGAAAAGGUUUAAUAACUCAAAUAAAGCAGGUAGACCAGAGGACCUGACUGCAGUGGCCGGCAGCUUCAAAGGUUUUUUUUUUUUCCUUCUCUUUUUUGAGUCCUGUGUGUGUAGCGUAAAACAGUGUGUACAACUAGCAAAGACAAAAUAUGUAUGAGAAAGUAUAUGUAAAUAAAGAAAAGAGCAGGUUCCCUCUU